CAGCCCCGCGGCCGUCCCUCCUCGCUGCGGGCCCUCUGUGUCCUCGGGCAGCGAGCUGCACGUGGACGCAGGGCCCCAUCAGGCCGCCAGGGGGCGGCAGAGCGCAGCGCGACCCCAACCCGGAGAACGGAAGCCCGGGAAGGCCGCUUCCGCCUGAUGCCCACUUCCAACAUGGCGGCGGGGCGGGGCCAGGGCAGAGCUGACGGAGCUGGCGAGCGGGAUGCUGCGGGCGGCGCUGGGCGGCGCGCCGAGGCUGCUGAGCCGCGUGCAGCCCCGGGGGCCCUGCCUGAGGCGGCUGUGGGGCCGCGGGGCCCGUCCAGAGGUCGCAGGGAGGCGGCGCGCCUGGGCCUGGAGCUGGCGGCGCUCAAGCUCCGAGCCGGGGCCAGGGCCCGCGGCGGCUCUGGGGCGCGUGGAGGCUGCGCACUACCAGCUCGUCUACACCUGCAAGGUCUGCGGGACUAGGUCCUCCAAGCGCAUCUCCAAGCUGGCCUAUCACCAAGGCGUGGUCAUUGUGACCUGCCCCGGCUGCCAGAACCACCACAUCAUCGCAGACAACCUGGGUUGGUUCUCGGACCUGAAUGGGAAGAGAAAUAUCGAAGAGAUCCUGGCGGCCAGAGGCGAGCAGGUGCACCGUGUGGUGGGUGAGGGGGCCCUGGAGUUUGUUCUAGAGCCUGCAGGGACCCCCACAUCCACUGCUGCUCUGGAAGCAGGUGAGGAUGAGGGUCCCCCCGGCCCUGGCAAGACGGAGCUGAGCUGACCCCUGCGCUCCCCAGCACUGUGGGACUUCUGCCUUCCAGAAGGAUGUUUUGACCCUGGGCCUCUCUGGACAUGGCCUGUUUUCUAUCAAUAAACAGACAUUACUUCCGGA